UGUGCCCCAAGACUUAUUUCCAACCCAAACCUAAACUCUUAAAAUAUUCAAGUUUGAACACUUUAUUUUAUAAUUCAUGCAUAUAUGAAUCAUGUCAUAACUUAUCACGUAAUUCUAAACUCUUAUUUUUAGUGAGGAAAAAAUGCAUCCAAUUGAGAAAAUGACUUGCAAUGGGUUAAUGAACAAAGUAGAAGAAGAGAGUGGAGAAUAUCAAUUCAUUAAGAAAGGUUUUUUAAAGGGUAUGGGAUUUAUGGUGGAUGUUACAAAUAUCAUGGCCAUUCACAAGAACAACGUUUCCACUAAUUUGACAAAGCAAGCUAGUUUGGAUUCAUUUCACAUUUUCUCUAAGGCGGUGUCAAUCAAAUGUGGAGGUAAUGCUAAUGUUAGGUGUGCUUGGUAUGGUGGCUCAUUAGAUGAACUCGUAGAUAUUGUAUCUUUUGGAUUCACCGGAUGCAAUAUUCAUGUAGACGAUGAUGAUGAGUCUCACGGAGUUGGAAUUUCGUUAUCAUCAGCUAAUUUUUCCAUUGAUAGUGCAAUGUCUACGGUGGCAGAUGAAAAUGGUUUGAGGCAUGUGUUGCUAUGCAAGGUGAUACUAGGAAGGGUUGAAAAUGUACCUGUUGAUUCAAAACAGAGCCAACCUAGUUGCAGGCAAUAUGACACAGGAGUUGAUGACAUUUCAUCACCCAGAAAACAUAUUAUAUGGACUGCUUUUAUGAAUUCACACAUUCAUCCUGAGUAUAUCGUAAGUUUCAAUUAUAACUAUGUGAAGGAUCAAGGUGUAUUUGGGACACUAAAACCCCAAUCAGAAUAUGUAUUGUUACCUAAUCUAGUGGCAAAAGUUUCAAAUCAUUUGAAACCAUCACAAAUGUCUCUGUUACUCAAAAGCUGCCGUAUUUACCAAGAGCAAAAGAUUACAAGAGAAACAUGGGUAAAUCAAGUGAGGAAGAUUGUUGGGGACAUGUUGCUGCAUUCAGUGAUCACUGAUAAAUCCAGUGGCGAUGUGCAUCCUCUUUAGUUCAAUCUUGGAACUUGAGUUGGACCUUUUUUUUAGGGCAACUUUGAGUUGGACAUUGUAUUGAUCAGAUUGCAUACAAUAAUAGAAUCAAAACUUAUACAUUA